UUAUUUUCUGUAUCAAGAAUUUCGUUGAUUUCAAUGACGGGCCUACUCAAAUAGAUGUUGAGGCUACUGUUCAGUCCGGUGUAAAAGCAGUUGAGAUUAUGAUGUCUUCAGAUGGAAUUGGUGGUGAUUCUUGUAAACAGAUUUCAGUUUCUGAAAAUGUUGAGGUUACGGAUCGUCGUCUUGUUUGUUUUGAGGUAUAUUUUUUUUUGGUUGUUUUUUAGUUUCUUCAUACUUUUUGUGUUUAACACUGUCUUUUUUCUUUCAUUUUUGUGGAAAAAAUAUAUUAGAUGGGUGCAACAGGUCUCAAUGUUGAUUCUAACAUUGAACUUGAAGAUGACCCAAUUCCCGUUGAAGAAACUCCUCUUGUUGACAAGAGGAAAUCUAAGAAACCCAUAGCGCUGACGUCUCCGUUUAUGGAGUAUGACUCUUCCAUUUCUAGUUCUAAAGAUGGUUCUGGUUAUGGAGUUGUUAAGUAUGUGGCUGGGUUGUGUCCUCUCGAUGAUAAGAUUGGUGAAGAUGUAGAACAUAAAGACGAGAAUGAUUUUGACUUGUGGCUUGGUGAAGGACGCCGAUCGAAGAAAGAUCCGUAAGUGUUUAUUUUCAGCAUUUUUGUUGUGUUUUUGUAUUUUUUGUUUUUUACUUUACUAUUUAUGUUUCAAUUUUUUUUUUUUAAUGUUAGGCAUGACAAGGACAAGGUUUACUUGAAGGGUAAGGAUAAGAUUGUUCCCCCUUUUCGUUUUGACGUGGAAGAUGUUGCAACCAAGAUGUGGUUCCACAAGCUUCCAUAUCCUGGCCAAUGUUUAACUAAUUCUGUAAGUUAAUUUAUUUUUUCUUUUGAUUUUUUUCAAAAAUUUCAGUCUAUAGUUUUCUUCAUGUUGUUUGUUGGUUGUUUUUUAGUUGUUGAAAUAUAAUUCAUUUUCUGAUUUUCGAACAUUUCUCAUUUUUUAUUGUUUAGCAUCUGGACAUCAUUUUUUACUAUCUACGUAAAAAAGGAAAGUAUGCAAAGGAGCCAAAGGUUAAGUUCACAACCACCGAUUCCUUAUUCUUUAAAACCAUUCAUGCUUUGUAUGAACAAUUUAUUGCACAGAAAAAAAAAUCUUUCUUUGAUAACUGCCCAGCAUGCCAUUGCUGAUUAUAUCAGAGGUAGAAAAAUGUUAUGUGGUUCCCCUUGGCAUUUGUGCGAUCAUGUUUUGUUUAUCAUCCAUAUGGAGACUGAAUCACAUUGGAUUCUUGGUCGAUUGAAUAUUGAGGAAAGGCGUAUGUACAUGUACAACUCCUUGUCGACUGCUAUGAAAGAUAGUGCUGCUAUCAAAGCUUGUCAGCCAUUUGCGGUGUUGUUGCCCCACUUUUUUGCUUUGUUUGAUGAGUUCAAAAAGGAAAACAAACCGGUUUGUUUAGACCCUUUCGAAGUUGUUAAGGUUGAUGGUUUGCCUCAACAAACCUCGAAUGACUGUGGUUGUUUCGUUGCAUCGUUUGCCGAAUACUUCAUUGAUAUGAAACCGAUUCCUCCCAUAUUUGAUGUUGAGAAACACCGUGAUAGGCUUGCUGUGUUGUUCUAUAAGUAUGCUCGCAUGAAAGAAUUGGAUUUUAUUGAUAGUGAAGAUGAGGCUCCUCCAAAGGGUCCAAAGAAGAAUUUGUCUUAGUUAUCUAUUGGUUGUUGUUGGAAAUACUACUUUUUUUAUUUAGCUUUUGUUUUUUCUAUUACCAGAUUAUGUUCAUAAUCAUAGACAAGUUGUUGUUUCUAUAAUGUUUUUUUCUUUAUUGGAAUUGGUUUUUUAUUUGUUCA